CAGUCCCGUCCCCAUUCUCCUUUCUCUCCAGGGAUCCACCUCUGCCUCCCAAAGUCAUGUCAUGCCGAAAUUUCCAGUUGAGCCCCAGAUGUGGCAACCGGAGUUUCAGCUCGUGCUCAGCCAUCAUGCCCCGGAUGGUCACCCACUAUGAAGUGAGCAAGGCGCCCUGUCGGUCCGGGGGUGGCGGGGGCCUCCGAGCCCUGGGUUGCCUUGGCUCUCGGAGCCUGUGCAACGUGGGUUUCGGGAGGCCCCGUGUGGCCUCCAGAUGCGGCAUGCCAGGCUUCGGGUACCGAGCGGGAGCCACCUGUGGAUCUUCUGCCUGCAUCACCCCUGUCACCAUCAAUGAGAGUCUGCUGGUCCCCCUGGAGCUGGAGAUUGACCCGACCGUGCAAAGGGUGAAGAGAGAUGAAAAGGAGCAGAUUAAGUGCCUGAAUAACCGAUUCGCAUCCUUCAUCAACAAGGUGCGGUUCCUGGAGCAGAAAAACAAGCUUCUGGAGACCAAGUGGAACUUCAUGCAGCAGCAGAGAAGUUGCCAGAGCAACAUGGAGCCGCUCUUCGAGGGCUACAUCUGUGCCCUGCGGCGACAGCUGGACUGUGUGUCCGGGGACCACGGCAGACUAGAGGCCGAGCUCUGCAGUCUCCAGGAGGCGCUGGAGGGUUAUAAGAAAAAGUACGAAGAGGAGCUGUCUCUGCGUCCCUGUGCUGAGAAUGAGUUUGUCACCCUGAAGAAGGACGUGGACACAGCCUUCCUGGUGAAGGCUGACCUGGAAACCAACUUGGAGGCUCUAGAACAUGAGAUUGAGUUCCUGAAAGCCCUGUUUGAGGAGGAGAUCGGCCUGCUGCAGUCUCAGAUCUCAGAGACUUCAGUCAUCGUGAAGAUGGACAACAGCCGGGAACUGGAUGUGGACGGCAUCGUAGCCGAGAUCAAGGCCCAGUAUGACGACAUCGCCAGCCGCAGCAAAGCAGAAGCAGAGGCCUGGUACCAGUGCCGGUAUGAGGAGCUGAGGUUAACGGCUGGGAACCACUGUGACAACCUACGCAACCGCAAAAAUGAGAUCCUGGAAAUGAACAAGCUAAUCCAGCGGCUGCAGCAGGACAUUGAGGCAGUCAAAGGCCAGCGAUGCAAGCUCGAGGGGGCCAUUGCCCAGGCAGAGCAGCAGGGAGAGGCCGCCCUCACUGAUGCCAAGUGCAAGCUGGCAGGGCUGGAGGAGGCCUUGCAGAAGGCCAAGCAGGACAUGGCCUGCCUGCUCAAGCAGUACCAAGAGGUGAUGAACUGCAAGCUGGGGCUGGACAUCGAGAUCGCCACCUACAGGCGCCUGCUGGAGGGCGAGGAGCACAGGUUGUGUGAAGGCAUCGGGCCUGUGAAUAUCUCUGUCAGCAGCUCCAAAGGUGCCGUACUCUACGAGCCCUGUGUGAUGGGCACGCCCAUGCUGAGGACCGAAUACUGCACCGGGACCACGGGUGUCCUGAGGAACAGUGGGGGCUGCAACGUGGUGGGCACCGGUGAACUCUACAUCCCCUGCGAGCCCCAAGGGCUCCUGGGCUGUGGAAAUGGGCGGAGCUCCAGCAUGAAGGUGGGGGUGGGUAGCAAUUCGUGCAGCCGCUAGUGUUAGCGCUACUCAGAUUCUGAAAUUGCUGAAUACCACAUCUCUAUGGGGCUGAAGACCAGAAUAUUCCAAAACUCUUCCCUUCCCACACCAACUACACAUUGCCCUGGGAUACUCCUGGGAGCUGAGCUACUCCCAGCCCCGCUCAUUUCUUCAAAGCCACCCUUCGCAUAUCUAGAUGCAGACCCCAAGCUGGACACAGAGUAUGUGGAGACACAGAGAAGGGGGUUUUAUUGUCUCUGUCACCUGGGGUAGCAAGUCAACUUUAAGACAGUCAAGAGAAUGGCUAUAGUCUUACCACCACUUCUCUCCCAGGAGGGGUGGCCAGCUGUACACACAACUGUUCUGUUUUGCAAAAGGCUCCAUUUCACUUUCCUCACAAAGCCAGCCCUUGUCCUUUCUACCCCAUCUCCUUUCCCUCUGGCUCUCAAAUAGCUAAGAAAAUUGAACUCAUAGGACCCACCUGAAGCAUGCAGUAUUAUAAAAAAAAAAA